AUGGCUAGUACUGCAAACGCCGCACUAGAGGUUAGUUACAUCAUCACUAUCAUCAUCAAUAGCAUCACUUUUCCCUUCACAAUUUUUCUCAACGUGCUGGUGAUAAUGGCCGUAAAAACGAGACCACGACUCCGAACAAACAGCAAUAUUUUACUGGCCUGCUUAGCGGUGACGGACGCUUUGGCCGGUGUCCUUGGACAACCGUCUUAUAUCCUGUGGAAGAUAUUCCUUUUACUCGGUCUCAGCUCAAGUGAAACAGUUGGAAAUUUCAAUAUCACUGUUAAGGCUACUUUGGUGGUUGCUUCAUGCCUUCAUCUGAUGUUGGUAACGUUCGAAAGGCUCAUAGCGAUCAAAUUUACGAUGCAUUACUCAAACAUUGUAACUCAGAGUACCAUUAAGAUAGCAGUAGUAUCAGUUUGGAUUAUCGCUUUCACAGCAGUAAAUUUAAGAUUGUUGAAAAUGUAUGUAUUAGCACGUUCCAUAUGUGGCUUUCUGAUUAUUUCAUGCAUCGUUUUCGUUGCCUUCACUUCGAUGAUUUUGUUUCAUGAAACCUGUCGUCACCAAAGGAAGAUAAAAGCACAGAAACUGCCCCAAGAAGAAGUGAAAAGAUUUACCAAAGAGAACAAAGCGCUUAAGACAACUGUGUUGGUAGUUUGUGCUGUUACUGUCUGCCUUCUUCCUGUUGCUUUCGGUCCAAUCUCUUUAGUUGCAGGCUUUCAUUAUAUUUCAGCUAUCAUGAAACCAUGGUGGCAAACAUUUCCCUUGUUAAACUCGCUCGUCAAUCCACUGAUUUACUGCUGGAGACAAAAAGAAAUAAGAAUGUUUGUAUUUAGAAUAAGAAGCCAGGUUGGUCAUGCAGCUAAUAAUGAGUGAUGUGGAGAACAAAUCUUAAACAAUCUUGAGCAAUUUAAUGUUACGACAAUAAAUGACAUGCAAACAUCGCUUUCUUCUCAUUUCAAUUUUAACUCGCAUGAGUUUUAUUUAUAGCUCUAUAGGGUUAUGUUACCCGUAUUUUCCAUCCACUCAUUACAAUAAACUUCUCAGCGACUCUGUUUUGGAGAAAAUUAAAGCGGCAUAUUUUAAGUAAAGGAAGUGAAAUUUUGCUGCAUAUCAAACCUGAUUCUCACAAUAUUCAGUUAAAAAGAAUCACAUAUCCUUGCCAGGAGUGAUAUUUACUUAGUUUUUAUGCAUUUAUGCACCUCUGAGGAAGCAGGUUAAAUCAUAUUCUCUUUCGUUUCAUUAGAGUGUCAAUGAGAAAAUCAGGCCGGAACAGAGGCGAUGAGUAAAAAUUAGCAUUACUUUUUGCUUUGUUCAUUUGACAAAUGGGAGAACCACCUGGAAAUCUAAUCUGCUUGAUUAUUCAAUUGAUUUAUUCAGAUUUGAAGCAGAAAGAGCUCUCUAAAAUCUUUGGUCAGAUUUCUUCCCCUCUCUCUCCUUGUAGUCCGAAAAAGGCCCUAAAUCUUUAAAGAGAAACCAACUCAUGCCAUAAUUGCUAGCUGGAUAGUGCGAGCCAUCAGAACAGUAUUAAAAGUUUUGGGGAACUGAUUGAUUUCUUCUUGGGAACGUGAUAGGCCAACACAAUUGUAAUACAACUCUUUCGAGUGAUAUGUCAUGGAAUAUCCUACGAGUCACCUCUAUUUCCUCGAAUAACACGAAUCUCUAUGAUGAAACGACAAAGGUAGCUAUCCAGUUUAAGUGGAGGAAUUUCGGCCUGGUGUUUUUUCUUUGGUUUCUUUUCUUUUCAAAGAAAAUAUCAACUUCCUGAUCAAUCAGCAGCGUCUUUUUUGUUAAAUACUCAUUUUUUGCUUUGUUUUGGACCUCAGAAUUAAUGUCGAGGGAAACAUUUGGCUCUGACAUGGCUAAAGAUAAUCCGACCCAAGGAUUGGAAUAUCCAGGACAUACAAGUGCUGGCAAAGAAGACAAGUUAAUGUAUCAGUCACCGCUAAACAGACCGGCAAGAAUAUUUCUUUGGUCAGAGACUCAUUAAUCGAUAUUUAAUGUCCUAUUUUAAUUUAUAAAUCUAUGCUCUAAUUUCAAUUACGCGGUUUCGCUGGAAAUUAUUUUAAAUAAGUCAAUAUUUUGAGGAACCAAAAAUACCUAAUACGAAUUAAUAUUUUACAGGCGAACUUUAUGAAUUGAGGUAUAUCGCAGAGCAUUUUCACUAUUAAAGUGACCUCUCAAGAUCAUUUUUUAUACAAAAUUUACAAUUUUGGUGACUCACAACCUCACUCAUUGCUAAUAGUGUUGUCAGAAAUUGUUUAAGAGAAAAUUUCUUUUUGGGUCUCGUGUAAGGAUAUUAUGGAAAAUUAUUUGUUUAUCGUGGUUUUAUACAGUAAUGAACGUUUGAUCUUUUGUCUCACGAUGUAAAUCGUAAUUUAGCGAAUAUAGAAAAUAAAUUUCAGCUAAUCAAAAAUUCUUGUUUCUAUUUGGGCUCUGAGUCUUGCCAAAACAUUUAAUCACUGACCUCAAGUAGGAAUCCUUUAAGACAUCCAAUCAGUGGGAACUUUUCCAUUGCGAUACCUAUCGUUCUACGGUCAGCGGAUCAUAAAGGUCGGACGUUUUUUCCUGAGCUCCGCCAUUUUACUCAGUUUUCUUCUUAUUAUUUGGCUCAAAAAUGUAUUCUUUGGUCAUCUAACUUCCGGAAUAGUUCUCUCCGAGCAAGAAAAUACCUCUGCCUUUUCUCAAGAGAAGUGGCAUAGUGGAAUCCGUGGUUCUUAUGUCUCUAUGCACUCAUGUGGUCGGAGGUUUCUUGCCGCUCGAAUUCCGUUGUGUCCUCGUUUUCCUUUCAAAGCAAAAGUAUUGCGUUGCUGUCGUUUGAAUAUGAGGUCAUUACCUGUACACCUGGAUGAAGUAGGUACUUUGAUUCUCCUAAACAAUCUAGAUGUUUUUGCUGUAAGCGAAACCUGGUUCGCCAAGACAGAAAAACGACCGUUGCAUCUAAAGCUCCACAUGGUGGUGGUGUCGCAAUCUAUGCUAAACCACGCUUCACUGCCGAAGAAUGACAUUUUCAAAUGAAACGCACAUAGAACACAUAUGUUUAUAGCUCAGGCAGCGUGUAGUAUUAGCAGCGAAUCGUAAUCUGGAGAGAAUAACUACGCAAACAACUUUUACACAGCAACAAUACAAAAGAAGCUUUUAUGAAAACGCUUAUUGCGCCCUAAUCAAACGGGUAUCCCUCGUGCACAACCCAUAACUCAAAAUUAAUCAAAAAGUGAUUCAAAUCAUUUUAGAUUUUACACAUAUCAAUAAAUGUGUUCUUCAGGUCCAAAAUGGUUAGGCCUCUUUAAUGCUUAGGGGUUGCAUUCAAUAGUAUUAUCGCCAUGAGAGUAGGAUCAUGUGCGUGGCUACCAUAGAACCAAAGACCUGACUGUUAUAAUCCAAACAUUAAAUUCAAGUCUUAAUAAGAAAGAUUGUUAUGGAAGUUCUCUUUGUCGUUAUUUAUUUUUCUAGGCACAUAAUGAAUAAAAGAAGGACAAAAAUAUUCAUGAAACCAUAGCCUCCACAAAAGUUAUAGCGCUUCUUUUGGGGAGCAAAAUGUUUUUCUGAAAAUUCAAUUUUUGUUUAGUGCGAUGAAUAAUAUGAAAACACUUUGGACAGGGUGACCGUUAAAACCUUUCGUGUAUUAAAAUUAUAUAGAAUUUCCGGCGUUUGAGUGGAUACGAAUUAGCCGGAAAUGAAAUAUUUCUACUGCACAGGAGCAGUAGGGACUGGGGCAGUUGAAGUGCAGCAUGGGUAGAAUGGAGUGCUACAAAAGGGAUGUUUAUUACGUGGGAAAGCAUUUUAGGCCGACACCUCCUCUUGCUCACAUUAUUUUUUAGUAUAUAUUUGAUUUACUAGUGAAAGUUCGAGUUUCACAAGGGUUUCUUGGCUUGUUUGCGUUUCCUAAAAUUAUUUAGAGUUUUCCGUGCUUUGUCGGAUUACAUGUUUAGUAAAUAAGGGCAAAGACCUUCCAGCCGUCUAGCCUUCGUAGGAUGGUUUCUCUAAUUCAUGUGUACUGCAUAGUGGAGCCGAAACUCUUUUCUUUCCUCAAGUCAUUUUAAUCAAAUCCUAUUGAAGCUGCCGUAAGUAGGCUUCUUGAAAGUUGGAAAUCUUCAAUGUGCUUCGGUGUGGCAAUUUUGGUUUGAUUUCGCAUCGCCGGAUUAUGUUAAAUAAUGCUUUCAUUGUGUCCCAGCCGUAGUUAGGGGGAGCUUAAAGCUUAAAAUUUAAAAUUUAAUCAAAAAUGUUCACUUUCUUUUAUUAAAAGAUCGCACGUAAUCGUUCAUGCUACGUAGCAUAUUCAGCAUGCGCACGUAUAAUUUUAUUUUGAGCAAAUUACAAAGUCAGUAUUGUGUUUUAAGAGGCGAACUUUAGAUAUUUUUAAUGCCUGCGAGCUGUAGUUUUAAAGCAGGCACGAGAAAACUAUUCGAAAAGCAUUUGCAACACUGAAUUAAAAUCUCCCUAUGAUUUCAUCAAACAUAUAAAUUUCCCAAUUUCUCAGACUUCGUCGUUUAUGCAGUGACGACUCUGAUUUUUCCGAAAAAUCAGAGGCAAUGUGCCAGUUUUUCGAUAAACGUGGCUAUCCUGUUUCUGUCCUCCAAGCGGGCCACCACCGUGCCCAACAAAUUAAUCGACAGUCAGCACUAGAAACGGCUGUUAAGGAAAACACUGACCGCAUUCCAUUCACUCUUACAUUUCACCCCCACAACCACGCGGUUGAAUCUAUUAUUUUUAAAACUUUAGAUUACUCCAAAACUAUUCAGAAAUUGGCACUAUCUUUUCGCAACUCCCACUUAUUUCAUUCAAACGUGACAAAAACAUAAGCAACUUUUUGGUCAGAAGUUCAUUCCAAACCAAUGACCAAUCUGGAACUUUCAAAUGCGCUCGCUCACGUUGCAAAACUUGUCCUUUCAUUUACAACGUAGAGAAAUUAUCGGUACCCAAGAGAUCUAUUAGGAUCACUGAUCACUUUACGUGUACCUCCGCCAAUGUUAUUUAAUGCAUAACAUGCACUUAUUGUUAUAAGUUAUACAUUGGCGAAACAGGAAGACGACUAGGUGACCGAUUCCGAGAACACUUUCGCGACGUAAAAAGAAAUGAAAAAGACGCAUCCAAACCAGUCGCUAGACGCUUUAAUCUCCCCAACCAUUCAAAACAGCAUAUGGCAGUUUGCAGCCUUUCCUUACAUCUAGGCAGUUCGGAAAGCCGCAAAACACAAGAACAAAAAUUUAUCUUCCAAAUCGGCACCCUUAAUCCCCACGGAAUCAGCGAGCGCUUUUCAUUCAACUAAUUUAUUCCUGUUUUCUCUUCACCAUAUUCCUACCAAUAGCGUAGCUCCACUUUCAGCAUAUAAACUCACCCACAACUCACAAUUCCUCCAAUCGCUCUGACGAAGGGCUAACGCUCGAAACGUCAGCUUUUUUACCCUUUACGGUGGCCAAUUUACGUUUUCAACUCAGUUGUUAACACUAAAUUACCUGCUACACUCUUCCACCGACGCAGCACCACAGUUUCUUUAGAAACUUACCCCCUUUAAUAUUAAACGUUGUUCAAUUACGUUCUUCGGGGUUUGUAACUAAACUUAUCCGAGUUCAGAUUGACUUGGGAAGUAAGCAUAUGAUCUGUGGUCGUAUUCGGGAUUUUGACUCUAUAGAAUUACCCCUCUUUUAGUCGAUGCACUGCCUGGUUCUCAUUCUCGAUACAAGCUUCCUCAUCAGUUGUUUAAUCCAGAAGUGAAUCAAUGGGUUAACAAGCGAGUUUAAAAUUGCCGUUUUUUUCCACACUUCUUCCGUGUUUGGGAAAAUAGCAUAUGUCUUAAGCGCCCUGUUUUCUUUGUUUCAUCUUUCCACUUCUUUUUGGUAGGUUCCUGUGCUUUUAUCUUCCUUUGUUGCUGUUAUGCGAAGUCGUCCAUUGAACAAGAACAACUGGUUGUAGAUGCAAAAAGUGUCAUCAACCAAAUUCAUUUGGAACCUUUCAGCUCCGUUCAAAUCUUGCGCGCGCUUUGUGUUCAGUCAAUCGCUGAGAAAAAGUAAAACUGUAAUGUAAAAUGCCACAAUGAUUCUGGCUAUGCAUGCUUGAAAUGGCAUCUUGUGCGAAAGGGCAGGUGAUAACGAAGUUAUCUCGACAUGAAGAGUUACCAGAUCUGAUAAUUAUGCGAUCAUGAUUGACACUAUAUUUCUUUUCUAUACUUCAUAAUGUGUUUCAAGAGACAGAUUGGAAGUUCCUGAUGUGUUUUCAAUCUUUGAAAUAAUGAUAAACAAAAACCAACAACAAAAACCUCUGACAGGCUCUGUAAAAGGUAGUAUAUCAGUUUUUUGCUGCAAUAACAACCGUCCUCAAGCGCGCUCAAUAUGUAUUCUUAUUUUUGUUUUUUCAAUCUCUUGUCCUGUUUUACGAAAUGUAUCGUGGAAGAAACAGGCGUUUGGCUCAUGAACGUCAUACAAAGAAUAAAACCAUGGCAUCGAAGAUGGGACGAGUGUCAAGUAAAUUGAUAUUUUUGAUGAAAAUCUUCGUGAACGAACUAAAAGAAAAGAGCUUAAACUCACAAAUGAUAUUUUUGACAAUGAAAGACAGAUAUGCAAAUAACUGACUUUAAAUUAAGCCCAGAAAACCAAAGAAAGAUGUCAAAUAAAACAUGGGAGAUCCGUGCGUCGGGUUUUGUGACGGCGAAUUCAACUACAUUCGAUUUUGGCUGGGUUGAUGCCAUGAAACUGACUCAUUAUUGUUGGAUUUAUAGCCAUUCCCAAUAGAUUUUGAAUUUUCAAACGAAAUGAUUAUGACACAUUGCAUGGGGAUGCAAAGCAAAAUACUUUCAAUAAUUUAAAAUUAGCAGAAUGGAAAUUCAGACUUCGAAACUGACCUUCAGAAUGUAUUUUAUAUUUCAACAACGGAAAAACUGAAAUUCGUCUGUAAACUUAAAUAAAAAUAAGUUGUUAAAUAUUAUUGUGUAGAUGUGUAGGCAUACACAUCUGAAACAAGAAACUUAGAGUUGAAUUAAUCAUACAAUUAGAAAUUGAAAUACGUAAGAAAAUAUCAAGUUAAGCCACAUGCACACUAAAAUGGGGCUAAUGGAUCAAAGCCUCCGAAAAACAUUUAAAAUUCUAACUGAUACAAACUGAGCGGUCGAUAUCAAUAACGUAUCAAACUAAACACAUCAAACUUCUUCGAGCUUCAUUUGCGAACGCUAUAACUAUGACCAGCACAGAAGGCGACACAGUAAUUGUGCCUCUGGAGGUUAACUUCAUGAUCAGUGUUAUCAUUAACAGCAUCACCUUUCCUUUCACAGUUCUGCUUAACGUGCUCGUAAUUAUAGCCGUCAAAAAAAGACGACGACUCCGAACUAACAGCAACAUCUUGCUGGCCUGUUUAGCGGUGACUGACGCAUUAACUGGUCUCUUUGGUCAACCGUCAUAUGUCCUUUGGAGGAUAUUCCUAAUAUUUGGCCUCGGUGGCAGUGAAAUACUUAAACAAUUUAACAUCAGUGUUAUGUCUACACUUUCGUCUGCUUCAAACCUUCAUCUGAUGUUGGUUACUUUCGAGAGGCUCAUAGCGAUCAAAUAUGCGAUGCACUAUUCAAACGUUGUAACUAAUAACAAACUGAAGAUAGCGGUGUUAGCAAUUUGGAUCAUUGGUUUCGUGUGUGGUACUUUAGUUGCGUUAAAAAUGUACCUGGCUAUGCUUUAUAUCGGAAGCCUCAUCACGAUUUCAUGUAUCGUGCUCGUUGCCUUCGCAUAUGUGAUUUUGUAUCAUGAAACCUGCCGUCAUCGAAGGAAGAUAAAAGCACAGCAACUGCCCCAAGAAGAAGUGGAAAGAUCUAUCAAAGAGAACAAAGCACUUAAGACAACAGUGUUUGUAGUUGGUGCUAUCAUUGUGAGCCUUCUUCCGCUUUGUUUCUGUCUCAUCGGUACAGCUACAGACCUCUUUGAUACCUGCCCCAUCGAUGAACCAAUUUGGAAAACUUGCAGCAUGUUAAACUCGUUUGUUAAUCCAUUGAUCUACUGCUGGAGACAAAACGAAAUGAGAAAGUUCGUACUUAGAAUAAUGAAGUAG